AUGUACCCAGAGAUAUACCACAUACUGACCAACGUACCACAGACACAGAGGAUUGAUAUACCCAGAGAUAUACCACAUACUGACCAAGGUACCACAGACACAGAGGACUGAUGUACCCAGAGAUAUACCACAUACUGACCAAGGUACCACAGACACAGAGGAUUGAUAUACCCAGAGAUAUACCACAUACUGACCAAGGUACCACAGACACAGAGGAUUGAUAUACCCAGAGAUAUACCACAUACUGACCAAGGUACCACAGACACAGAGGACUGAUGUACCCAGAGAUAUACCACAUACUGACCAACAUACCACAGACACAGAGGACUGAUGUACCCAGAGAUAUACCACAUACUGACCAACAUACCACAGACACAGAGGACUGAUGUACCCAGAGAUAUACCACAUACUGACCAAGGUACCACAGACACAGAGGACUGA